AUGGUACGAGACAACCCAAUCGAGUUCAUCGUCAUUGGCGCAGGUUAUGCAGGCCUGACCUGUGCCAUUGAAUUGAGACGGAAAGGAUGCGAGGUCCAUGUAAUCGAAAGAGAAGAGUCAUUGUCUAAAUUAGGUCGGUACUACCAACAGCCACAUCUAGCAGGAACUGACAAUAUCCCAGGCGAUGUGAUCAUGCUUACCGCGAACGCCACUGUUGUUCUGGAGAAAUGGGGCCCGGUGAUCGAGGAUAUUCUUGCCACAUCCUCCAAUCCUUCUCACAUUACGAUCAAGGAUGACAAAGGUGUUACUCUUCUGGAACAGCCAUGGAGGCAAGAUCAUAACGGCCAUCAGAACGUAUGGACCAACCGUGGUCGCACGCAGAAGAUGAUGUACGAAGAAGCAAUCCGACGCGGAGUCAAGUUCACGUUUGGCGCAAAGAUCACGAAGCACUGGGAGGACGGAAACAGAGCCGGGGUCUAUGUCAACGACGAACUAAUUACGGCAGAUGCCGUUAUCGGCGCAGACGGCGUCUACAGCAGGACCAGAGAGUAUGUCACAGGAGAUCCCGACAAGCCAAAGCGUUCCGGGUUUGCCGUUUACCGCUCCUGGUUCUCGCUAGAUAACCUUCUCAAUGACCCUUUGACCCAUGAGCUCGCGAGCUCGGGCAAAGAUCGAACAAUGGUUUGGAUAGGUCCAGACACCCACUGCAUUUUGGUCAUCAACUCUAAAGUGCGCUACAUGUCAGCUUUCAUCACCCACAAGGAUACUUAUACAGUGGAAGAGUCAUGGAAUUAUCCCGGUACGACGAAGGAUAUGUUGGCAAUAAUUGAAGGCUGGGACCCUGUUCUGACUGCCGCGAUUUCCAAAAUCCCAGAGGAAGUCAUUUGCGACUAUAAAUUACUCUGGAGAGAUCCGGUAAUGAAAUGGGUGUCGGACCAGGGCAGAGUGGUGCUAGUUGGGGAUGCUGCACAUCCGCAUCUUCCAACCUCAGGCUCAGGGGCAGCACAAGCCAUCGAGGAUGGGGCCACCCUGGCUGCUGUUGUUGAAAAGACGCGAAAAGUGGAUUUACCGGCCGCAUUGAAAGCCUUUGAAAGGCUUCGCUUUGAGAGGACAAGCUUGACGCAACGCAUGGGUUGGGAGCUGCGUCAUCGAUGGCAUCAAACAGAUUGGGAGCACGUCAAGACGAACCCUGAUUUCCUUCGACUUCCGCAGCCGGAUUGGCUCUAUGGAGCAGACGCAGAGGCAUACGGUGCCCAGAACUACGAUGCAGUGAUGGCGCAGCUACAUGAAGGGAAGCCGUUUAAGAAUACCAAUCUACCCCCUGGGCAUGUUCACCAAGACUGGAACAUUGAGACGAUGAGGGAACUGGAUAAACAGGUUGGCCAUGAACGCAUGUAUCUCGUUCGAUAA